AUGAAUUUAUUAAAUUAUCUAUCGAACAAUCGAUUAUUUCAUAGUAUUGAUCGUACUACUUGUAUUUUAACAAUGAAAUUAUGGCAUAUUUUACUUUUUAUUUGUGUUUCAAUAGUAAUUAUUGUUAUUGGUCUUAUACCAAUUUAUCUUCGGAAUAAAAAUUUGAAAAGUAAUUCUAUAGAACAAAAUGUUAAAGUCUAUAAUAAUACAUUUCGCAUUGGAUGGUUUAAUGCUUCUCCUGAUAAUUAUGAACGAUCAAUCUUAAGUAUAAAUUCCAAACUAAUUGCACCAACAAUUUUUGUUAAUCAAGGUGAUAUUAUAAAUCUAACAAUAAUAAAUGAAUCAUUAGAACCAAUAACAAUUCAUUGGCAUGGUUUAUUACAAAUGAAUUCAUUAGAUAUGGAUGGUGUUCCAGGUGUAACACAAUGUUCAAUUGAACCAAAUGAAACAUUUCUAUAUAAAUAUAAAACAAUGAAUCAAUCAGGUACAUAUUGGUAUCAUUCACAUUAUUCAAUCCAAUAUGGUGAUGGUCUUAAAGGUAUUCUUAUUAUUAAAGAUUUAAAUGAUCCAUUUCAAUAUUUGUAUGAAGAUGAAGAUAUUCUUCAAUUAACUGAUUGGUAUCAUAUACCUCUUCAUAUACUUUUACGUACAUAUUUAUCUCCAGGUAUGUUAGAUCCAGUACCAGAUUCAUCUCUUAUUAAUGGAAUUGGUCAAUUUAAUUGUACAUUGAAUAAAACAUGUUCAUAUUAUCGUUCAUUUAUUCGUAUUGGUACAACAAAAAGAUUACGUAUUAUAAAUACAUCUGUUUAUGCUAAAAUAACAUUAACGAUUGAUCAACAUCAAAUGAGAAUUAUUGAAGCUGAUGGAAUUUAUUUAGAUGGAAACAAAUAUGUUAAAACUCUUCGUUUAAAUCCAGGACAAAGAUAUUCGGUUUUAAUUACUGCUAAUAAACAAUAUAUUUCACAAACGUAUUGGAUACGUACAACGAUUCAUCCAUUUGUUGAUUAUAAUAAUCAAUAUAAUUCAUCGAUUCAACCAAAUGCAUAUGCUAUUUUACAAUAUAUUAAUAAUAAUAAUAACGAUAUGAAUAUUAAUAAUUCAUUUCCAUCAAUAAAUUCAUUGAAUAAUGAUGAUUUUAUUAUAAAUCAAUCAAUAUCUAAUGGAGAAAUAUUUAGUGAUGAAUUUGGAUUAAUUCCAAUGAAUUAUGAAGAAUAUAAAGUUCCUAAAAGUCCAAAUAUCAGAACAUUUAUUUUUGAUUCGAAACAUCAAGGUUCAAAUCCUGGUUAUUUUUAUUUUAAUAAUGAAACAUUUGUUCAUCCAAUAAAUGAAACAUUAUUAUCUUUACUUAUUUAUAAGAAUUCAUCAUCUGCUCAAUUAUCUUGGCCAUUAACAAUUCCAAUUGAAACUAAUGAUAUUAUUGAUAUUAUUAUAAAUAAUAUUGAUUAUGCAUCACAUCCAUUUCAUCUUCAUGGUCAUCAUGUUUGGAUAUUAGCGCAAGGAAAUUCAUCACAAGGAUAUUUUAAUCAAUCAACAUAUAAACAGAUUAUUUAUAAUCAACAAAAUCCUAUCUAUCGAGAUACAUUUACAGUUAAUCCAUAUUCUUAUCUUGUUUUUCGUUUUAAAGCAAAUAAUCCAGGGAUAUGGAUGUUACAUUGUCAUAAUGAUUGGCAUUUACAAGUCGGAAUGGCUCUACUUUUUAUUGAAUCAUCGCAAUUAAUUAAACAAUAUUAUCUCAAAAAUAAUUUAACCAAUUCUAUACCAAAACAAUGUUAUCAUUAUUAA